UUUUGGUUGUCAUCCGCGAAAAAACAAAACAAAUAGGAACGAAGCUAUACGCCUCCCUCUCUAUAAGUACCUUCUUCUUUUCCAUUAAACAUCUCUCUUUCUUCUUCUUCGCUUUUUGAUUUCACUGUUCAACAACAAUAUUCCUAUUCUGGCUACCCUUUCUGAUUUUCCCUCUUUCUUUUCUGCGUUUCGCUUCAUGGGUGCCAACCUUUCUGCUUUAUUUACAGACCCCAAUUUUUUAUCCUCUUCUUAUCCUUCCUCUUCGUCCUAUUGUCUAUCAUCCUCCUCAUCUUCUUCUUCCAGAACCGGUUUGGGGGACUUGCCGGAGAGCUGUGUCGCGUUGAUUAUUGGGAAUUUGGAUCCCCCGGAUAUUUGCAAAUUGGCAAAACUUAAUAGAGCUUUUCGUGGUGCUUCAUGGGCUGAUUUUGUCUGGAAAACGAAAUUGCCUUCUAAUUAUCACAUUCUUAUUCAGAAACUCUUUGGGGAUUUUCCUCGACAGCUUGAUAAGAGGGAAAUCUAUACCAUGUUAUGCCGGGUUAAUUCCAUUGACGGCGGCACAAAGCAAGUCUGGCUUGAUAAGCGAACAGGUGGUGUCUGUUUAUCAAUUUCUUCAAAGGGCUUAUUGAUUACUGGAAUUGAUGAUCGAAGGUAUUGGAAUCACAUUCCAACAGAAGAAUCCAGGUUCUCUACCAUUGCAUUUCUCCAGCAGAUUUGGUGGUUUGAAGUUGGUGGGGAGGUUGAGUUUCCAUUUCCAGCAGGAACUUAUAGUGUAUUCUUCAGACUACAAUUGGGGCGUGCGAGCAGGAGGUUUGGUCGCCGGGUUUGUAACACAGAGCAGGUACACGGUUGGGAUAUAAAGCCUGUGCGAUUUCAACUAUGGACGUCAGAUGGUCAAUAUGCUGCUUCCCAGUGUAUACUAAAUGAUCCUGGCAAGUGGAUGGAGUACCAUGUCGGGGAUUUCGUGGUAGAAAAUUCCAGUGGCUCAACGACAACGAAGAUAAAGUUCUCGAUGACCCAAAUCGACUGUACACACACCAAGGGAGGUCUGUGUUUAGAUUCUGUAGUAAUAUACCCAAGCAAACUUAAAAGAGUGGUUGUAAGUGAUUUUUGAUUGCACUUAGAACCAUUUGUAGGUUGGAAGCCCUUGUAUUAUAUAGAGAAGAGAGAAUCAAAUGCUAGUGGUUUUAGUUUUAGAGCAUUUGUAGGGCAAGGCAUUUUCUGUGUAUAGUUUUUGAUUUACUUUGUUUCUCACUCACUCUUCAGUUUGCUGUAGUCUGUAUACCACGGCGGCUGUGCUUAUUUUUGGGGAAUCAAUGCUGCUUGAAACAUUCAACUUUCUUUUGUUUGUUA